CUUUUCUGACAAGAAGGGCAAAAGGGGUGGCAACUUCCUGCUCGUCUGAAAGUCCAAACUAUAUUGUUGAUUUUGUAAAAUUACAAUAAUUUUCUUUACGCCCGAAUCAUGUCUUGUGAGAAUAUUUUCAAAGAUGUAACUGCCAUACAUGCCAGACUAUUUCAUCACAAGCCAGCUCUCCAGGGUCACAUUAACUUCUUUCUAAAGGAAUUUGAAGAGCGACGGGGUGAGCGUGAGGUGCUGCGGAUGAACAGCACCUACAAGAACAUGUCCUACAUCAGUGAGCAGGGGCUACCCAACAGCACUGAGGCUCUUCACCAGUGCCUGGCCAACCUCAAAGAAAGUGUGAGCUCCGCCACGGCCCAGUGCCAGGAGAUCUGUGACCGGGAAGGCAAGACCUGCACACAGGGGGAGGAGAAGCCAAAUUCCUUGUCAACUGAGCGAGAACGUCGAGCCAAGGAAUGGAAUGAUUUCAUAGGCCUGCAGUGUGAACGGAGUGCCACUGUGGACGAGGAGUACACAAGUCAGAUCGAGGCUCUACGCAGUCAUUACAGUGACCUGGAGAACAAGCUCAGGUCCAAGGUGGUGCUGUGAUGACCAGUGGUCAGUGUAGCAGAUGUUGGACUCUGUGUUUGAUUCCAGUGAUGUUUGAUGUGAAUGUUCCAUUUGUUGAGAGACACAUAAUUCAUUUUGCUUAUGAAAUAUAUGGUUAAUACUUUGUUUGUAUACACCACAUUUCUCCAUCAUCAUGUGAAUACAUGUGGCCAUGUGGUUGUCAUUUCUAAGCAACAAGGCCUGGUUGCAGAAGAAGGAAGACAAGCAGCGAUGGUUCAGACCCACUAAAGCUCACAUUAUAUAAUAUUUCUCAGGCAACAUUACCAUAGCCUCCACACAAUACUUCAUGUUCAGUGUAUAGCAACCUUGGGUUUGCACAAAGUUUAUGCAUGGAACUUGAUGGGAUGGAGUUUAUCAUCCAAAACUGGUUCCCACAGUAGGUAUGGCUAGUUGGUAGGUGAGAUCAAGCGUUAUCUACAUUGUAGAUAUUGCUGCAAUGAAAUUGCAUCACAAUGCUUUGCAGACCAUUGUGACUUUAUUGGUUACCAUGACGUCACAAUCAGAUGACAUCACUAAUGGCUUUGCUACUGAAGCUGUUAGCAGUACCUUAACACUUAACUUAUCAUUGUCUACAAACUGAAAAAGUUGGAAGAAUGAUGUUAGAUGAUAAAUAAAAUCUCACCCUCAUGUCUUUUAAUAUCAAAUAUAUCAACAAUCAUUGAUAUAUUUGAUAUCAAAAGACACGAGGGUGAGAUUCUCUAUUCCUUGAGUUGCACAUCAUGAUACAUGGCCUCAUUUCAUUAAUUCAUUAAAAAUAUACAUUACACCGCAUUGCAGAUGGAAAGGGAGGAAUGUGGUGUGUACAACCCCAUGAAGUAUUGAUGGUGUGUGAAAUGUAACCUCCAGAAGGACUGACAUCACAUAAUGAGAUUGUCAUGUUCUUUCAGUGCUCUGCUGAACAAAGCUUGCUUGUUAUUACCUUUGAUUACGACAGUGAUAUAUAAAUGAUAGUCCAGUUAAAUGCACUAGACUCCACACAAAAAUAUGGGCAUGAUUUAUUACCCGUUAAAGGAUCAGUGCAUAUCAUCUUGCAUCCUCAGCUCCCUGGGGAGUAUACAUUGAUCAGAUGAUAAAAAUAUUAGGUUAUGUGUUGCAUUUCUCAAGAAAGUCAUGUAUUUAUUUUCACCUGAAAUGACAUGUUUAUUAAUCAUGAGAUAUCAAUAUCGACCCUUCUGGACGAUUACGCCUGGGAAUGUCGAUAUAUGCACAAAAAUUCAGGAAAGGUAAGAUGUAUCAUGAGAUUACAGGGCACACACCAUGGUUUUCCUGGAUGACUUGUGUUGAUGGCAUGAGGUUGUAACACCUUCAGGUAAUGCAUCUGAACACCAGAUGGAACAGUGUUUUGUACAUAGGGAGUUGUGCAAUAUACAUUCCACAAUAUCAAAAUAUGUAUAUUUUUGUAUUUUAUUUUCAAUAAAUUGUCAUCAGUU